AUGGAUUAUGUUCAAUUUAGUCACUCUGAAAAGAAAUAUCACUGUCAGUGGCCCAAUUGUCAGCGGAGGUUUUGCAGUGAGGAGACGCUUAAUUUGCAUUAUCGGAAACACACAGGCGAGAAACCAUUCAACUGUGCACUGUGUCCCUACACGUGCUACAACAAGCCUACUUUGAAUGAACACUAUCGCCUGAAUCAUGCUAAAGAUUCCACAGUGGAGGGACCAUACAAAAGUUUCAAUCCUCCAGUUUCCUCCCCGUCGUCAGUUGCUCAACAGGCCCCUAUGAAUGCGUAUAGUUUUGGCUCACAAAGGGACGGUGAACCAAACAUGAGAAGCACUACGCCCGCCGUAGUACCUGCCGUACGUCACCGUAUGGCAGAUAUUUUAGAAUCCUGUGGUACACAACCGCCCGGGCCGUUAGAUGCAGAAAUAAAUGGGAUUCUGGAUAGUCUGGACAAAGAAUCCGAUCUUCCUGAUCUGUUCACCUCAAGUAACUUUGAUUUUGAAUCGACUGGGCCAGACACGACAUAUCGGAAUACGUCACAUGUCGCCGGAAAUAACCCACCGCCGCCGCCACUACCACCACCACCAUCGACUGGAUAUGAUCGUCCAAACGCCCCAUCUUCCUGCCAUGAUGGACACUACUCUCCAAAUUCAUCACCAGUUAUGUCUGGUGAACCUCCGAGGCUCUCAUCGCUUGAGGCCACUUUGGCGGGUAUUCUAGCCGAUUUUCAAAGUGCUGACCUGAAUAACAGUGCUGAAGCAUUUGAGGAAGCCAAAACAAAAGCUUUAUCCGUUUUGCCAACAUUCACUACCGGAAAUACUUUGGAUCAACAACUGAAUGCAAUAAUUGAAGAGAUAUUGGAAUCGUUUAUAGAUCAACCACCACAAGUUUUGCGAGCGGUCUUUCAGGCAUCGUGCCCAUUCACACGCGAAGAAAGUUAUAUGAUUGAAUCACUNGAACAUCAGCUAAUGGAUGAUUCACCCCUAAUCGCACCAACCCCACCACGUCGAAGAGGUCGCAGACCAAAACUGCAGCAACAACUUCAGCCAUAUUUGCAACGAAUUUUUGAUUUGGAACCAGGUACGGCAGAAGCCAUGGCUGCACAUCUGGUGAGUAGCGCACACCAGGAACGAAGUGUGAAUUUCUAUCCUCACUUCCCGGCCACAGAGUGUGCCCGUGGUCGCGGUCGCGGUCGAGGCUACCGGAUACGUGGACGUUCUGGGCGUCCAUUGUCACUCACUCUAAAACUAUUCCCCGAUGGUACCGCCUCGCGCACCCAACCCGAUCCAUCAUGCUAUCGUCGUCUGGUCGGUAGUGCUGUUCAUCGUGGAUCAGGAGUAGGAAGACGCAUGAGAGGCGGAAUUCGUGGCCGAUAUCGAAUCGAUAGGAUAGCUGGAGGAUUCCAACAUUCCAGCACAGUUGGUGAGAAUUCUGUGGAAGCACAAUCCUCAGUUGACGAAUUUCCUUCGGAAACCCAUCAACCACAUCGAACUCAUCAGCGCGUCUACGAUGAGGUACAGGUUUUUGACGCUGACGAGCCCGAAGUUGGUUACUCAGAACAUCCUAAUUCCCACUGCGAUCGCUUCGAAUCUGAUACUCCAAUUCCAUCGGAGGAGAUUGAUACCACAUCCAUGCAACUUAGAGCAAUCCGGAAAUCUUCAGGGGAAUCCGAUGAGGAAUUAGACGAUUUGGACGAGAUGGAUGAAGGGGUAGAUGAUGAGACUGGAGAGGGUUACGAGGAAAGAGAAUUACCUCCUCAUGCCCAUACACAUCGAGUGGACACAACAAUUGGACGAACUUCCCGUUUGGAUGUAACUGAGUUAAGUAAAGUUGUGGCCCAUAAAUCUGGUCUAUAUAAUGCGUCAGAUAAGGGUAGUGUAAAUCAAGACACAUUGGGUGAAAUGUUGGAGGAUCUGGGAGUGAUUGUCAAGCGAAUUGGAGAACGCGCCGCUGCCCGAAGGCAGCCCAGUGUUCAGGAUGCCUCUCCUGUCUAUUCCUCGCAGCCGUUGAAUCUAGCCGAGUUGCCAGAAGAUGAACAGCCUACUGAUUGUUCGGUUGCAUCAUUACUUCUCAAUGGAUCGAAGCUCACUCGAAGUAGAACCGAUCCAGCGGCUCCUGCUAUCCAACUUCCUUCCAUGGCCAUCCUGGCAUCUGCCAGUGUGGGAACACCAACUAGUACUGGUGAGGGAAGCACUCCCGGAUGUUCGUCAAAUGCUGAACCACAAGGCACGUCACCUCACUUCAGUACGACUCACUCACAACACUCUGCUUCAGCCACCGGUCCAUAUGGAUCGGUUCAGUCCCACACUCCACUGAUGUCCAUCAAUCCUGAGAAUUUAACUGCCAAUUCCAGUGGUGGGGCCCAUUCCACACCACUGAGCAAUACUCCCCUUCGUAAUGAAUUCAAAGCGAAUCAAUCAGAUUAUCAUCACCGUUCUGUACCCAUGUGGUCUUGCGAGUCCAUGUGCUGUCCGACAACUCGAGAAAAUUGCUCGGUCGGACCGGACAAGUCAGCUUAUUCCCGAAGUCCUAGUUGUGAUGGAGGGAGUGUGCAUCGUAUGUCGGUUCCCUGUUCGGCUGAAGAUAACGGAGAGAGUGGACAAUCCUAUCAUCCGACCGAUUUGAGCACACGGAUGGUUGUAGGUUAUGAUAACCAGUCUAUCUCUUCACCACAAGGAUCUCCAGCAUCUCCGAAACAUCAGCCCGGUUCCCUGAGUCCAACCAGUGCAGUAGAUGCUAACGGAAUGUCAAGCAAAUCCGGCCUGCUACCUCCCUACCCGACUUCAUUGUCUUCCAGCACAUCGGCCAUGGACUCGUUAAGAUCUGCAGUCGAAGCGGUGGAUCACUUGCGUUCUCUUUCCGCGUUGGGGGCAAAAUACACCGCCACCUUGGGUGUAUCAGACGAUCCCAGGCAGUCUCAAUCCUAUCACCAUUCGCUUCGGUUACCUGGAUAUCCAUAUACAGGUCGAUCUGCUCAACCCGACGAGUCUCCUCAGCCUGGUUCGGUCGGUCGUCCCGAUCCGGGACCAUCACCAACUCCACCACCACCACCUCAUGGAUCCUCACACAAUCCUUCUGGUUCGAACAUUUUCACUCCACCUCACAUGCCGUCCGCUUUGAACAAUUUGCUUUCCCGUUGGCCGAGACUUGUCAAUUUAAACGAUCCUUAA